UAGAGAUGGUGUCCAGUCCCUCUUUCAUAUCUGUAAAAAUCCAUUAGACUUUUCUUUUUGCGCAUUUAAUAAUGCUUCUCAUUUUGUUUUUAGAAUGUGGGAAAGUACCACUAUCCACCAGAGUGCGAAGAAUGGUUAUUUGAAAGAAAUUAUUACAGAAAAACAUUGUGUUCAUUCCUGUACUCCAUUGCCACAUAUUCAACUUGCUUGCUGCUGGAAAUAUUGUGCUUUCCCUUGUGAUAAACAAGUGUGUGUUUGGGAUAUCCACAAUCCUAUCCUGCAGACCCUGGAGUUAAAAGGCCACCAUCAAUUAAUUACUGCACUAGCAUUUGGAAACCACAAUGAACCAACACUUCUGUGUUCUGCAGCUGAAGAUUAUGCCAUUAUAUGGGAUGUGGAAGCAUGUCGAAUGAGUUUACAACAAGGCUUGGUCCCAAGAGGAACUAUUAUAGGAACUCUGCUAGGAAAAGUUUUAUAUUUAUGUUUCAGUCCAGAUGACCAAACAUUGGCAACCUGCGCAGACAACAAAAUCUAUGUGUUGAGCUGCAAGCAGGAAGAUAUUUUGGCAAUCUUAGAAGGUCAUCUUGGUGUCGUAACGGCUGCAGAAUUUUGUCCUUGGCAGUUGAACAUACUUGUAUCGAUCUCUGAAGAUAGGACUUUUAAGGUUUGGGAUCUCACUAGUAAUGUACAACUGUAUCAGUCGUCUGUUUUAUCAGGCUCUCCCCUGUUAAGCUUGUGCAUGGACAACAGACUUAAUCAGUUUAUUACUGGCUCUGCUAAUGGUCAGCUUGAUGUUUUCACUUUGUUACAUGAGCAACAAUGCCGCCGUGUGCUGCACAUUGACCUAGCGAAAGAGCAGCAGAAAUACUGCUGCAAGAUCCAGCGGAAAGUUAGGUUAUCAGAGAAUUCAGAUGUUGACAGUAUUAACAGCCUGAGGGAUUGCAAGAAUCUUCACUAUUCUUCAUCCUACCUUAAUGGUAAUAAUUUGGAAAGUAGACCACAUGCAUGUAUUGAACUUCCAAUCCUCAGAAUGUCUCAUUGUGAAUAUUUAUUAAGUAGUUUACUGAAAAAAGAUUCAAGUUUUACAUCAAACAAUUCCAGCAGUCUGUGGGUAGGGACUAUAAAUGGCUUAUUCAAUGUAAAUUUGGCCACUGGAGAAAUUGAUGCUGCUGUCCAUUUUGAAGAUCAUCCAGGUUUAAGCAUUCGGACAGCUGGCUGUUAUGCCAUAGGAAACAGAAACACUAACAAGAUUUUCUGUCUGCUCUCUUCCAUGUUUGGAAAACAUAUUGCUCUACUGGAAAUUCAUAUGCUUGAACUUGCAAAAAUAUGUCUGCAAUAUAUCAAUGAGGAGGAAUCACUCAGUGUCAUUGCCAGAUCAUCUUUGCUGCCUACUUCCCCUUUAAACUAUGAUCUGAAACAGAGGGAGAAAAGUAAGCCAGCUGGACAUUCCCAUGCAGGUGCCAGCAGUAUAAAAGACAAGCCGGUUGUGUUUCAUACCAAAGUGAAGUCUUCUGGCUACACUGCAGCACCAAGGGUGAACAUGUUCACACCAAAAGUAAAUCCCCCAAAAUCUGUCAGCUCAGUGAUGAAGGAAAAAACUUGCAGUCUGAAGGGAGUUAGCAAAGAAUACCCGCUGAACAGUCUGGCACCAAGCAGACUUCAUACAAGAAUUGCUGUUUCAAACCAACCAACACCUGUAUGCUGCAUUCAGUAUUCAGGAGAUGGGAAGCUGCUUGCUGUUGGAUUGGCUGACAAAUCCAUGCUUGUUUAUAAUUCAUCACUUACUGGAUGCCCGACUGUAUUUAAAGGUCAUGAUGGAGCAGUGAAUUGUGUUGGUUGGACUCAGAAUGAUAAAUGGCUCUUGACAGCAUCAGAAGACAGGUCAUUAUGGAUCUGGCCAGUUCAUGGAUCAGCGCCUGCACUGAAGCUGGGGACUGAGACAUUUUCAAAGCCGGCACGAUCAGCUCAGUUCUAUUAUAUGGACAAAUUUCUGCUGUUCUCUUCAGGAUCAGAGUUUCAGCUGCAUGGGUACCAUUUGGAUACAAGCAGGGAUGACAUUAAAAGUUACAAAAGGAAGAGCAAAAGCAAAUUGGUCAGCAAAUUUAAGAUGUCUGACACCCAGGAGAUCAGUUGCCUGUCUGCAGUGAAUGACUUUUAUUCCUAUAUUGUAUUGACAGCUGGCACAAACCGUGCUUUGGAGGUGUUUGAUCUGAACGUUGGUCAAAGUAUCGUAACUGUGCCAGAUGCUCACACUAGGCCUGUGCAUCAGAUUUGCCAGAAUAAUGGUUCAGUAUUUUGUACCCAAGCUUCUGAAUCCUAUAAUCUCUUUCUGACAACCGCUGUAACUGAUGGAAUCAAAUUGUGGGAUUUACGGUCAGUAAGACCUGUGCGUCGAUACGAAGGACAUCACAAUCGUUGCCAUCCAUGCAAGAUUGCCCUGAGUCCCUGUGGGAAAUUCUUGGUCACAGGAUCUGAGGACAAAUGUGCCUAUCUGUUUGAACUUGGCUCCAGUAAUUUCAUCCACAAGUUAUCGGGACAUACAGAGACUGUCAUUACUUUGGCAUUUAGCUCUUCUGCACCAAAGGGUGAAGAUAAAUUUACAAUCCAGCAAAGGAUGACAAUAAAGAUAAUAAAGAGAGAAAAUAAACUACGAGGACAAACUAAUAAGGAACAUAAAAACUCACAACCAAAGCUUCUUUGA